AUGUCUCGGUUUUUCUCAAAAGUCCGGGCCUCCCGUCAUGAUCAACGCGUCAACGUUCACCUCUAUCCCCUACGAACCUUUAAUCACAUAUCGGCUAUUUCUCUGUGCAAGGCUCUGGGACUACGAAGGACCAUUCAUCGUAAGCAGAAAGAAACGGCUGCCUUGGGAAGUUCUGUUACACGUUUUACUGUGUUCCCUGUGGUCUUCGACUUCAAAAUAAUGGACGGAUUAAUCACCGAACUUCGCAAAAUCCCACCAGUAACACGAUUUCUAUGCGGCUCUGUGCUUGGAAUAACAGGUCCGGUGCUUAUGGGUAUGGUGUCGCCGUAUAAGGUGUUGUACGCUUCGAGGUUGGUGUUUGGGAAACUAGAGUUAUGGAGGUUGUACACCAGCUUUUUUUUGGGAAGCGGUGGAAUCAACUUCAUAUUUGAAAUCGCCAUGUUAUAUCGAACCGUAAACGGUUUAGAGACAGGCCCUUACAUUCGAAAAUCCGGCGAUUUAGCAUGGCAACUCUUCUUCUCAUCAGUAGCCAUUAUUGCAACAUCCUACCCAGUCUCUUCAUUCUUCUUCUUCCGCCCCCUCCUCUUGUGCCUAACCUACAUCUCCUCCUCCCUCGCCCCACCCGGUAGCCAAACAUCCAUAUUUGGCCUGUUGACUCUCCCAAUCAAAUACAUGCCCUAUGUCAUGUUAGCAUUCGACUUACUCAUGGGAGGUCCACAAGCAGCUGCCCAAUCCCUACCUGGAGCUGUCGUGGGUCACCUUUGGUGGUGGGCUAUUUGGGGUGGAGAUUUAACGGGGCGUGGGGCACCUUAUGCACAUCUGGGUAGAGCACCGAGGUGGUUAGCGAAUUGGUUGGGUGAUACGAGCGGUGGAGGCCCUGGAGCAGCGGGUGCUGGGAACGCGGGAGGUGUCCAUGUUGUUCCUCCUAGGACGAGGUUGAAUGCUGGUGGUGGGGGAGCACCGUCUGCUGGCUCAAGGGGUGGACAUAGUUGGGGAUCUGGACAACGGUUGGGAAAUAAUUGA